AUGGGCGGUGUAUAUACACGCGUACUGAACGUGGCAUCACUGCGGCCUGGUGAUCAUGUGUGUAUUUGGGACUAUAGUCGCUGGCCAAUUUCGUAUCAACACCAUGGAAUUGUAUGGGUCUCGGGCACCACAGCCGCCGAGAUUCGUGUGUGUCACGUGUGGAGUCCACUUGAAGGCUUUCAGGAAGCGCAGGCGGACUCAUGCGCUCGUAUUUCAACGCUCGAGGAAUUUUUGGACAAUCGUAAGCCAAAACACUUGCGCCUUGUUGAGUAUCAUACGUCAGGGCUACGUGAGGUGCUAUCUAGAUGGGGUGAAGUACAUUUGAGCAAGGCGGACCUUCCAGAGGUCGUAUUGGCACGAUGCAAGUUCCUGCUGGGAUUGGGCAGAGGAGAUUUUAACCUCUUUACCCAAAAUUGUGAGCAUGCAGCACAUUGGUGCAUGACAGGCGAGCAAUGGUGCAAACAGACACUUACUAAAGCCAAAGGACGUGUGCCGUUUGAGAAACGACUUGUGAAGGAAGACGUGGAUGCACUUGUGAAAGAGGUGGAAGAGGUUAAAGCUAACUCGCGCUCUAUUGUUAGUAACGUGCUGAAGCUUUCAGGCUCUAAGGUGUUUCUACGUAUCAAGGGCAAUUAUUACGUGCGGGUGGAGGCAGAUGGAACGGUGGGCAUCGUGCCACAAGGAUAUGACCCGACGACGUGUGGGUCGACGGCUUUUCGUCUUGAGUGUUAUGCUCGAGGUUACAACAGCAUUCGUGUACGCUUUUUCCAUGAAGAGUCGGGUUGCUACAUGUUCAGUCGCUCGACAUUUAGUUGCUUUCGCGACUUACAGAUGAAAAAGCCGAGGACUGUGCGCGGCAAGUCAGGGUUGACCUGGGAGUAUUCGACGCUUGGAUAUCUUAGGAGCAUGAACCAGCACAGGCGGUACGUGGGUGCGCGUGACGACGGCUUGUUGCUCGAUGUAAGCAUGCGCGGAGACGCGGCACGUGUGGAGCUUAUUGCUUGUAAUGGAGCCGCCAAGGCAUACACUUUUCCGGAUAUCCAUCAGGUCACACGAACGUACAAUUACGAAAAAUUCGUUCAGUGGACAGAUUCGCAGAAUAUGUGGGACUAUAAGGCGACCAACCUUAACACGUCGUCACUCACGUCCUCCACGAUGACUCCCACUACGGAACGAGCAGCAGGUGUGGUAGCGCUGCCUUCACACACAAAGUCGGUAUGA